GAUUGGCUUAACGUCAGCGUUAGGCAAAGUGUUAGCAGUGUGGUUUUGGUUAGGGUUGAUGUUAGGGUUAGGUUAUAAAAUCAAAAUUUAAGAAGAUAUAUGCGGGCUUAGCCAUAAUUGCUGGCUGUGGUAACUAGUGACGACCACACGCGCACACCUCAGUGGCAAAACGAGGGGACGCGCUAUAGACGGACAGACAGCUAGAAAUGGAAAUGCAGACAAAAUGCAGCGUCUCCGCUCUGUGAGCUGCAUACACCAGAUUCACUGCCCUAAAUCCUCCCAAUAACGCUGUUGUCGUUGCAAAAAAAAAAGGGAUUUAGGUUUAACAAUCGUCCUUCGCGGCAGACAGCGUUUGGUGACUGGACUAGUGGUGCGUCUUCCGUUCUGUCGCUGCCGCAGAGCGUUCUUCUUCUCUUCAGUCGAGCCAGGGCUGUUGUACAGAAGCCAUCGCUGUAUGAUUCGCCUUGUUCUGCGCUGUUUUCAGCCUUCUAUCUAUUCGUUCGUGCGGUAAAGCGCUGGUGGUGAAGUCAACGACAACGCUAGUGUGGAUCUAGUGGGCGCAUUACAUCCAUCUCUGUCGCGUCUACGGUCUGCUACACUGCUGUCGCUUUCAGGAUGGCGCUAACGAUUUGCACGAGAUUCACCGAUGAAUUCCAGCUUUUCGAGGAGCUGGGGAAGGGAGCGUUCUCUGUGGUGAAGAGAUGUCUCAGGAUCUCCUCUGGUCAGGAGUUUGCUGCCAAAAUCAUAAACACCAAGAAAUUGUCUGCCAGAGACCACCAGAAGCUUGAGAGAGAGGCCAGGAUUUGCCGUCUGCUGAAACAUCCCAAUAUUGUGAGGCUUCAUGACAGCAUAUCAGAGGAGGGCUUCCACUACCUGCUGUUUGAUCUGGUGACUGGAGGAGAGCUGUUUGAGGACAUCGUAGCCAGGGAGUACUACAGUGAGGCUGACGCCAGUCAUUGCAUACAGCAGAUUGUAGAGAGUGUUCAUCACUGCCAUGUCAAUGGUAUCGUUCACAGGGACCUGAAGCCUGAGAACCUCCUAUUGGCCAGUAAGCUGAAGGGGGCGGCGGUUAAGCUAGCUGACUUUGGGCUCGCCAUCGAGGUGCAGGGCGACCAACAGGCAUGGUUUGGUUUUGCUGGUACGCCAGGCUACCUGUCUCCAGAGGUUCUGAGAAAAGACCCAUAUGGGAAGCCUGUGGACAUGUGGGCUUGUGGGGUGAUCCUGUACAUCCUAUUGGUCGGUUAUCCUCCCUUCUGGGACGAGGACCAACACAGACUGUACCAGCAGAUCAAGGCUGGGGCCUACGAUUUCCCGUCCCCAGAGUGGGACACAGUGACUCCUGAUGCCAAAGACCUGAUCAAUAAGAUGUUGACCAUCAACCCCGGCAAACGCAUCACCACCGCAGAGGCCCUCAAACACCCCUGGAUCUGUCAACGGUCCACUGUAGCUUCCAUGAUGCACAGACAGGAGACUGUGGAGUGUCUGAAGAAGUUCAACGCCAGGAGAAAACUCAAGGGAGCCAUUUUGACCACUUUGCUGGUAACAAAAAACUUCUCAGUCAAGAGUCUGCUGAACAAGAAGGCUGAUGCCGUCAAGGCGAACAACAAAGCCAACACAGUGACCAGUCCUAAAGCCAACACAGUGACCAGUCCUAAAGACACCAGUUUCACCCCAUCACUGGUACAUACUACACCCUCCAUACCUCCCUCUACUCCCUCCUCAUCACAGGAGCCCCAGACCACAGUGAUCCACAACCCAAUAGAUGGGAAGAAGGAGUCUAUAGAGAGCGCCAACACCACCAUCGAGGACGAGGAUGUCAAAGCUCGGAAGCAGGAAAUUAUCAAAGUCACAGAGCAGCUGAUCGAAUCCAUCAACAACGGAGACUUCGAGGCCUACGGGAAGCUCUGUGAUCCUGGUCUGACGUCGUUUGAACCAGAAGCUCUGGGGAACCUGGUAGAGGGACAUGACUUCCAUCGCUUCUACUUCGACAACGCCCUGUCUAAAGGUAGCAAGCCGGUGCACACCAUCCUCCUCAACCCUCACGUCCAUCUGAUAGCGGAGAACGCUGCGUGCAUCGCCUACAUCCGCCUGAGCCAGUACAUGGACGCGGGCGGGAUGCCUCGCACCAUGCAGUCUGAGGAGACCCGCGUCUGGCAUCGCAGAGAGGGAAGGUGGCAGAACAUACACUUCCACCGCUCGGGCUCGCCCAGCGUACCAUCCCAUUAAUGGAAUAUCAAGCUUCAGUCUAAACUCCCAAGACAGGCAACAAUCAACAAGCCAACCCGUGUUCUCCAUUUAACCUCUAACCCCUGACCCCUCUGUAUGGACAUGACAUCACACAGGAAAAGGAUAUCAACCCUAAAAGGUCGUCAGGUCAUCCUAACCACCUAGAGUGUGUCCCUAAAUGGCACCCUAUUCCCUACAUAGGGCCCAUGGGCUCUGGUCUAAAGUAGUGUCCUACAUAGGGAAUAGAGCUCUGGUCAAAAGUAGUGCACUAUAUAGGGAAUAGGGUUUCGUUUGGGACUCAACCCCCACCUAGAGCAGCCUGCAGCAGACCGUGGUCGUUAUCCACUGGAGCAUAUUACCUGACAUUUGGUUAUCGGGUUUUUAAACUGUUUAUGGUGCAUUUUAAAUGUAUAGAGAUGUUUAAAAAUCUACUGCUGUCACUCCUCCCAUUUUGAACUUGUAUUGUUACGUGUGUUUUACGUGUUGCAAUACGAAAUAUUUAAAGAUCAGAAUGUUAAAAUCGAGCUUGCUUUUGUUCUGGUGAAAUGUAUAUAUAUCUUGUGAUUGUUGAUAAAACAAAUUAAAUAAAAAAAAACAUUAAAUUGCUAUA